AUGAGUGUAAUGUAGUCCUAUUCACUCCGAAGUUACCUUGUCAUCAAAGCAACAGAUGAGUGUAAUGUAGUCCUAUUCACUCUGAAGUUACCUUGUCAUCAAAGCAACAGAGCAAGAGAGAGAGAGAGACAGACGGACAUAAGGGAGUCUUAAAGAUUGUUUUGGAACCUAAUAUCACCGUUUUUAUGAAAGACAGACGACGGACAAACGGCAGUGGAAAGAAAGGGGGAGGAAGAAGGGCACGUUUAGGGUUUUAAGCGGCACAGUGGUUCAGAGUGAACUAGGGGGGUCGUCAUAGAGAGAAAGAGAGAGAGAUAGGAGUCUUUUGAAAUGGCAGUUUCCCUUAUGACUCAUCUUUUGAAUAAUACUCUGACACUGUGAUCCCCAGUUCAGUCACACAGUCAGAGGGUCCAGAGUCACAUCUAUCUCAUUCUCUCAUCCUCUCUGAGACACGAUGCAUAUCUUCUGGUGGAUCACCCACAUCUUUCUAUCCCUCCCUUCUCUCCUCUCUCUAGUCCAAUCCCUCACGUGCGACAAUGAGACACAGUAUGCUUGGCCACUGCAUGUAAGCCAAUGGUGCUGCGACAAGUGUCCACCAGGUCAGCAUCUGGUGGGACGCUGCGCCGGUCAGAACAGCCCUACCCAGUGUUCUGACUGCACCAGCGGCUACUACUCAGACAGCUACAACUUCAACAUAGGCUGCAAAUCCUGCGAUGGCUGCAGCAUGAGUGAGCUGCAGUAUGUAUCUCGCUGUUCCACCAAGCAGAAUGAUGUGUGCAGCUGUAAACCAGGCUACCGCUGCAGAGGCAGUGGCACCUGUCUGGACUGUGAGGAGAUCCCCAGCCCAAACACACCCAAACUCAUACCGACACCUCCCAUCAUGCCAGCUACAGUGUCAAACCACUCGGUGCCUGGUAUCCCUAAUCAUAGACCUAAACCUGUCACCAAACCUGGUCCUGGGCCCAGCACAAAACCAAACCAAGAUGACAGCAAGUGGCUCCUGGUGUGUGUGUCUGCAGUGUGUGUGUGUCUACUGCUCACCUGCCUUGUUGCCAUCUCAAAGCUCAAACCUUUUCUGCGAUGGAUUGGUUCACCAAACAGCUUCUGGUCUCCCAAAAAGACAACUCCAGCCAAUCAGAGCACAGCGGAGGAGGAAGUGCCCAUGCCGGUCCAGGAAGUGUGUGGAAAGCCAGAGCUGCUACUGGACGUAUGAUGGAGGAAGUGGGUGUCGAAGGAGAGGAUGAGAACUCACAAGCGAGCUGGGAGACAAACAGACUACCUCACAUUCCCAUUGAAGUGAAACUAACCUGAAGGCUAGACAGGCUGCUGUAUUGGUUUAAUGCAGUGGCUUCUGUAUCUAAGACUUUCAGAAAGGAAAAGGAAAUAGGACAAAAAGACACUUUGAAGUAUGAAGACACAGGCUAAAGAUGAGUGGGAGUCACUCAUCUUUAACUGGAAGAGUGUGAGUAACUGGAAGAGUGUGAAUGACAGACAGACAGACAGACAGACAGACAGACAGACAGACAGACAGACAGACAGACAGACAGACAGACAGACAGACAGACAGACAGACAGACAGACAGACAGACAGACAGACAGACAGACAGACAGACAGACAGACAGACAUUUGUGUGCUGAAUACAUGUACUGUACAUGUUUAUGUUGAAGAUGUUUUAUACCUUCGUUACAAUUAUUAUGCUUUUUGCUGUAUCUAUGCUUUAUGCCAGUGUUUACUCUUACAUAGUAGUGGCUGUAUUUUAAAGAACAGAAUCACAAAUGUUACAGGCCUACUGUAAUGUCAUACAAUCGCCCCAUCACCUGUAUUCAUUGAAAAAUUAUAUUUCGUAUUUUGCUUUUAAUUUGUGAAAAAACAGUUCAAGGUGCCACAUGAACACAGAAAAAAACAGUUUGCAGCAGUUGAGACAAAGCUUUUUAUACAGUUCAAUAAAAUGAGAGCAAGUGACCACCAUAGUGA